AUGGACCGCAUCAGAAAGUGGUUUUCGCAGCAAGAGACACAGGCCUACACGGCGCUGGCGUCGGACCCGGACUCGGAGGCCUCCACGCUCACCCCCGCCGACGUCGACAUCGACAUCGACACGGACGACAGCCUCCCCGGCGGGCCCAUCUCAAAAUUCCAAUACUUUGUCUUUUGCCUCCUCGGAUGCGCCAUGUUGUGGAGCUGGAACAUGUUCAUGGCCUGCGCAACCUACUUCCAACGGCGCUUCGACGGCAGCGACUUCCUGCUGACAAACUUCCAGUCGCUGAUCCUCGUCUCCUCGACCGUGACCAACCUGGCCGGGUCCUACUGGCUGUCCAAGCGCCAGGCAACGGCCGACUACCCGCGCCGCAUCUGGCUGUCGCUCGUGCUCAACUGCGUGCUCACGGCGGUGCUGGCCGCGAGCACGGUCGUGUGGAUCGUGGGCCCCGCGGCCUAUAUCCUGGUGGUGCUGCUGUGCGUGGUGGUGGCCGCGUGGAGCACGGCGCUGUCGCAGAAUGGCGUGUUUGCGUUUGUGAAUACGUUUGGCGGCGUGUAUAUGCAGGCUGUCAUGACCGGCCAAGCCAUCGCCGGCGUCCUCCCCGCAAUCGCACAAAUCAUCACCGUCGUCCUAGUCCCCACAACCGACACCGACUCGCAAGCGGCCUCCCCCAAAUCCGCCUUCCUCUACUUCCUCACCGCCACCUCUGUCUCGGCCCUCUCCCUCCUCCUCUUCUUCACCCUCCUCGCCCGCCACUCCUCCUCCACCUCCACCAACAAACUCCCCACCGACACCACCCCCGCCACCACCACCGCACCCCUCGAGACCCCCGCCACCCCACACAGAAAAGAAGUCCCCCUCUGGACCCUCUUCAAAAAGCUCCGCUACCUCGCCACCGCCCUGUGGCUGACCUUCUUCGUCACAAUGGCCUUCCCAGUGUACACACAGCUCAUCGUCUCCGUCCGCCCCCUCACGCCCGACACCCCGCGCCUGUUCACACCCGACGUCUUCAUCCCGCUCUCCUUCCUGAUCUGGAACCUCGGGGACCUAGGCGGCCGGCUGCUGUGCGGCGUGUACCAGUGGCGCGGGCGCCCCGAGGCGCUCACGCUCAUGGCGCUCGCGCGAGUAGUGUUUGUGCCGGCGCUGGCGGCGUGUAAUGUGCGCGGCGAGGGCGCGCUGGUGGGGGUGAUGUGUGGUACUGGAGCGGCGCCGGAGGUGGUGGGGAGGGGGGAGAGGGAGGCGGUGGGAGGGUUUAUGGGGUUGUGUUUGGUGGUGGGGUUGGCGGCGGGGAGUGCGGCGAGCUUUUUGGUGGGGGCGUAG